UAAAAAAGAAAAAAGAAAUAAACAAAUGGCUUACUUGAGCUCACGAAAGUUAUCACUGAGUGCAGACCAUACAGCGAAGGAAGUUUCGUCCUCCUUUUUUGGAGUCUGCUGGAACAAAAGGAAGCUAAGAAAAUGCAUUGGGUGAAAGAAUUAAAUUAAAAGGCAAAAACAGUAACAACAAGAGAACGGGAAAAAAAUAUAUUCAUCAUGAAAGCUUAUCAUCAUAUUCAUUUAAAUUUGAGUUUCUUUUUAUUCAUAUCAUUAUUCUCCCUAACAACACUAACCCCACUCCCCACGAUUCAGUUUCAUACCCCCAACAGAAGGCUCCUACACCAACCGUUAUUUCCGGUCAGUUCUGCUCCGCCACCAUUGUUCUCUCCGCCGCCUCCAGAUAUCACCACCCCUCCCUCUCCCGACAUUCCAUUUUUCAAUGAGCUCCCAACAGGACCGCCGCCUCCGGAGGUUAACAACCAGAAUCUACCGUCUCCGUCAACUUUCAACGCCACAAUUGCAAAUCCAACGGCUACGAAGCCUACAAAACCUGCUAAGAAGGUUGCAAUUGCGGUUUCUGUGGCAUUUUCGAUAUUUGUGAUGUUUUCCGCAGUCGCAUUCUUCUUGUACAAGCACAGAACGAAAUAUCCCUCGGAAUCAGAGAAACGGAAGCUUGUUGGUGAGAAUUCUCCUAGAGUUCUAGAAGAUUCCACGAGGACUCUACCACCUUCAAGUUUCCUCUACAUUGGAACUGUGGUGGAGUCCAACGGAACGUCGGUGCCGGUAGGUGAGAGUGACCGUAACCACUCACCUUAUCACAUUCAGAAACUCAAUCCUAUCGAUAAUCGUUACCGGCCAAGUCCUGAGUUGCAUCCAUUACCGCCGCUUACUAAGUCUAUAGUCGAACCUAACUCGCCACCGGCGGCUUCUUCUUCGUCGUCGUCGGACAACGAGGAAAGUCGCGAGACAGCGUUUCACUCUCCACCGGCAUCUUCAAUAAGCCAUGAAGACAGUUAUUACACGCCGGUUUCGCGUCAGAGUUAUCUUACAAACGGAAGCCCCGCCGCGCCGGUUGCUGUUACUCCGGUGGUUCCUUAUUCAAAGAGAACUUCGCCGAAAUCUCGAUUUUCUGCUUCUUCGCCGGAUAUGAAACACGUGAUGAUACCUUCGAUAAAGCACGUGGAGAAUGAAUCGACGUUAGGUCCUUCUAGAAGGCCAAAAUUCUCAUCGCCUCCACCAGCGCCGAAUUUGACGCAUCUUCAUUCAAACGACUCUCGGGAUUCACUUAAACUUCCUCCUCCUGUUCCACCGCCGCCACCUCCUCCGCCAAAAAAUGGUUGGUCUCCUGCAGUUAGUGUAUCUGUAUCCCCUUCCACUGCUUCCAGAAAAUAUCAACGGUCUCAAUCUCCAACAAUUCAGGGAAAGGAUUAUGCAUCUGGUAACAGUGCGAGUGUGAAGAAAGGUUUAGAGGAAGAAGAUGAUGAAAUGGAUGAAGGAAAUGGAAAACCUAAGUUGAAAGCUUUGCAUUGGGAUAAAGUGCGUGCUACCUCAGAUCGUGCUACUGUGUGGGACCAAUUAAAAUCAAGCUCCUUUCAGUUAAAUGAGGACAUGAUGGAGUCCCUGUUUGGUUGUAAUUCAAUGAAUUCUGUCCCUAAACCUAAAGAGACAAAUGUUACCAGGAAAUCAGUUUUUCAGACAGUUGAACAAGAGAAUAGGGUGUUAGACCCUAAGAAAUCCCAAAACAUAGCUAUACUACUCAGGGCAUUGAACGUCACAAGAGAUGAGGUGUCUGAAGCUCUUUUAGAUGGGAACCCUGAAGGUUUGGGUGCUGAGUUAUUUGAAACUCUAGUGAAGAUGGCUCCAACAAAAGAGGAGGAGAUAAAACUAAAAAAUUAUGAUGGUGACCUUUCAAAACUUGGACCUGCAGAAAGAUUUCUUAAAGCAGUACUUGAUAUCCCUUUAGCUUUUAAAAGAGUUGAAGCCAUGCUGUACAGAGCUAAUUUUGAAACAGAAGUUAACUACCUUAAGAAAUCCUUUCAAACCCUAGAGGCAGCAAGUGAGGAAUUGAAGAGCAGUCGGUUAUUCCUCAAACUCCUAGAAGCUGUUCUCAGGACAGGAAACAGAAUGAAUGUUGGCACCAAUCGCGGCGAUGCCAAAUCUUUCAAACUCGACACACUCCUGAAACUUGUAGAUAUAAAAGGAACAGAUGGAAAGACCACACUGCUCCAUUUUGUUGUUCAAGAGAUUAUUAGGUCUGAAGGUACAGGUAGUCAAUCUGCAAAUGAGGAUGUUCAAAACCAAACGAAUUCCCAGUUCAAUGAGGAUGAAUUCAGAAAGAAAGGAUUACAGGUUGUGGCUGGACUGAGUAGAGACUUUGGUAAUGUAAAAAAGGCGGCAGGAAUGGACUCAGAUGUCCUAAGUGGCUACGUCGUAAAGCUUGAAAUGGGUCUUGAUAAAGUGAGAUUGGUUUUGCAAUAUGUAAAACCAGAUAUGCAAGGAAACUUCUUUAACUCAACAGAGAUAUUUCUAAAAGAUGCCCAAGAGAAAAUUAUAGGGAUCAAGGCUGAUGAAAUAAGGGCCUUGUUCCUUGUGAGAGAAGUUACAGAAUACUUUCAUGGGGAUACAGCAAAAGAAGAAGCUCACCCUUUCAGAAUUUUCAUGAUUGUAAGAGAUUUCCUAAAUGUUUUAGAUCAAGUCUGCAAAGAAGUGGGAAGAAUGCAGGAUAGAACCAUGAUCGGUUCAUCGAGAUCCUUCAGGAUAGCUGCGAGUGCAUCAUUACCUGUUCUCAACAGGUACCACCAUGCAAGACAAGAUACAAGUUCAGAUGAGGAAAGCUUAUCACCCUAAUGUUGUGUGAAUAUGAAAGAAAUAAUACUGUCAAAGCAAAUCAAUGACAAUAGUGUUUACUUUUCCCAAAUUUAACUCAAUUUCCACUUUCCAUCAUUAGGCCCAUAGGUGUGUCAUAAACAGGAUUUCUCACAAUAACAAGAGAAUCCCAUUCCACUGGUAAUAUUGCAGGAUGACAGCUUUUGUUGAGAUUGAACAUUAAACUCUUACACGGAUGGAGGGGAAGACAAGAAGCUCUGACACAUUUUCACAUUGAACGCCUAUGUUAGUUUAGAUAGGUUCUUAUUAGAUUAGAGAGUCCCACACAUUUUCAUAUUACAUAAUGUUUUUUAUUUCAUAUAUUUGACUUACAAAUAACCAGCAGUUUUGCUGCAACAUUCCUUUAUGUAUAUGUAUUGAUUUUAGGAGUAUAAUAAUAGGUGACUUCUACAAUGAGUGUUCAA